GUUACAAAGAGGAGUAACGAUGCAUUGUAUCUGUGGCAGAGCCACAAUGGUUUUGCUAAAACCCCAAAUUCGCAAUCACCGUUGUGUUUCACUUUCAACACAGUGUCGUUCCAGCGACGACGCCAUUUUGGGAGAGAAAGCAAUCUUAUACCUGAAACGACAUCCUUCAAACCUAGCAUCAAUAGUUCCCCACUUCACUCCACAAGCAGCUUCCCACGUUCUCCUCAAUUCCCAAUUCCACAAACCCACACUCAUCAAGUUCCUCAAUUGGGCCAAACCCUACCCUUUCUUCACCCCUCAAUGCAAGUGCCUCGCUCUCCACCUCCUCACCCGCUUCAACCUCUUCAACUCCGCCCAAUCCCUCGCCGAGGAACUCGCCGACGAGCUCCCCGACCCCACCGGCGCCGUCGUCUUCCGCCACCUCCACGACUCCUACCACUCCUGCAACUCCACCUCCUCCGUCUUCGAUUUAAUCGUCAAAACCUACUCUCGCCUCAACCUCAUCGAUAAAGCCAUCAACAUCCUCAACCUCGCUAAACGACACGGCUUCAUGCCUGGCGUUUUAAGCUACAACUCAAUCCUCGAUUCGGUUCUGAAAUCCAACUCAAAACGCUGCGUUCAAAGCGCAAAGUGCGUUUUCGCAGACAUGAUACGAAACGGCGUGUCGCCGAACGUGUACACUUACAACGUCAUGAUACGCGGCGUCGUUGCUUAUGGGAGCUUGGAAACGGGUUUCCGUUUAAUGCGCGAGAUGGAGAGGAAAGGUUGUUCCCCCAACGCGGUCACUUACAACACGCUGAUACACGCGUCUUGCAAGUGGAAGCGUAUACGGGAAGCGUUUCGGUUAUUGAGAGAAAUGUCGUCGUUCGGCGUUUCGCCGAAUUUGGUGUCGUAUAAUGCUGUCAUCAACGGUUUGUGUUUGCAAGGGAAAACGACGGAGACUAAAGAGGUUCUCGAGGAGAUGAAACGCAAGGGAAUUUCUCCUGAUGAGGUCACUUAUAACACGCUUGUGAAUGGUUUUUGUAAAGAGGGAAAUUUCCAUCACGCGUUUUGUCUUCAUUCGGAGAUGAAAUUGAAGGGUUUAUCUCCCAAUGUUGUUACUUAUACGACGUUGAUCAAUAGCAUGUGUAAGUCCAAGAAUCUAACACGCGCGAUGGAGCUUUUGGAUCAGAUGCGUCUCAGGGGAUUGUUUCCCAAUGAGAGAACUUACACUACUUUAGUUGAUGGAUUCUGCAAACAAGGGUUGCUCAAUGAAGCUUAUAAGGUUUUGAGUGAAAUGGUUGUUAGUGGAUUCUCGCCGUCGGUUAUAACUUACAAUUCAGUUAUCCAUGGAUAUUGCUUUCUUGGGAGGGUUGAUGAAGCCGUUGGGAUUUUAACGGAUAUGGUUACGAGGGGUUUGUUUCCUGAUGUUGUUAGUUACAGUACCGUUAUAUCCGGGUUUUGCAGGAACCGAGAGUUGGAGAAAGCUUUUGGGAUGAAGGUGGAGAUGGUUGAAAAGGAAAUCAUGCCUGAUGCUGUUACUUAUUCGUCGCUCAUACAAGGUCUCUGUUUGCAGCGAAAGCUGUCGGAAGCUUUCGAUCUCUUCCGAGAGAUGCUGCGUCGCGGUCUUAAACCGGACGAGGUUACUUAUACUAGUUUGAUGAAUGGUUAUUGUGUUGAAGGUGAAUUAAGUAAGGCUAUUGGUUUGCAUGAUGAGAUGGUAAGGAAGGGUUUUUUGCCUGAUGAUGUUACCUAUAGUGUGCUUAUCAAUGGACUUAAUAAGAAAGCCAGGACAAUAGAAGCGAAGAAGCUUCUUCUCAAGUUGUUUUACGACGAGUCCGUGCCGAAUGACGUGACUUACAAUACUCUGAUAGAAAACUGCAUUGAUAAUGAAUUUAAGAGUGUGGUGGCUCUUGUCAAAGGAUUCUGCAUGAAGGGCUUGAUGGAUGAAGCGGAUCGAGUUUUCAAGACAAUGCUUCAGAGGAAUUAUAAGCCUGAUGGAGCAGUUUAUAAUUUAAUAGUACAUGGACAUUGUAGAUGUGGAAAUGUUCGUAAGGCGUAUAAAUUGUACAUGGAGAUGGUGCGUUGUGGUUUUGUUUCUCAUGCUGUGACUGUAAUUGCUCUUGUUAAAGCUCUAUCUAGGGAAGGGAUGAAUGAUGAGCUGAGUCGGGUAAUGCGAAACAUAUUGAGGAGCUGUAGGCUCGAUGACGCUGAGGUAGCUAAAGUACUUGUUGAAAUUAACUUUAAAGAAGGUAACAUGGAUGCUGUUUUAAAUGUGCUAACUGAAAUGGCCAAUGAUGGCCUGCUACCUGAUGGUGGAAAGUAUUCAUAUGCUCCAGCAAGUACCUAAUAUCUUCUUUGUUUUAAAUGUGUUGAAAUGUGUUAUCUUUAAAUUUGAACUGACCCUUCUUGCUAACAUCUAGCAUGAUUGGACUUGGAGAUUUACAUUGUGGAAAUGAAAUUCUCCAUUGCUAGGAAAAUAAUUUAUCAUUUCUUUUCUGGAGCUCCACAAUAAUCAAAGAUCACCUUCUUGACUAGAUAACUCAGCAAUUGCAAUUGAAAAUGAAAUAUGGGUGGUCAUAAGAUUGCAAGAUUUGACUGGACACAACAAUCUGGUACAAUGCUAUGAAUAUGAUGCAUUUGAAGACCAAAAUAAUGUCGACAUCGUGAUG